AUGAAUUUUAUAGGACAAACUACACAAUUACCUAAUUAUUCUUGUAGUGAAAAUAAUGCCUCUAUUCAGUUUAUAUUAUCUUCAUCAGCUCAUUCAGCAUGGAAUUCAACAUCAAACUGUUCUUUACAACAAUGUAAUACAAGCUUAAAUGGUAACAAUAAUUGUCUUUCAUCAUCAACACCUUGUUAUGAUUAUCGAACAAUAAAUAAUAUUAGUUAUUGCGCACCUGGUGUUUUAUGUUCAAUAUUAGAAAGAUGUGAUAAUAUUACACAAACAUGUUCAUCAAAUAAUUCAAUAUGUGUUAUUAAUUCAUGUUGUUCAUCACAAGCAGUAUGUUUACCAUUCUUAGCAACACAAAUAUGGUGGUUUUCUACUGGUAAUAUGACUAAUGCACGUUGGGGUCACACAGCAUCUGUAUUAUUAAAUGGAAAAGUUUUGGUCACUGGUGGGAAUGAUUAUAGCGGUCUUCUAAAUAGUGCUGAGCUGUAUGAUUCAUCAACAGGUACUUGGAUAACUACUGGUAACAUGACUGAUACACGAUAUUUUCACACAGCAUCUAUGCUAUCAAAUGGAAAAGUAUUAGUUGCUGGUGGAGGUACCAAUGGUGCUGAGCUGUAUGAUCCAUUAACAGGUACUUGGACAACUACUGAUAGCAUGACUAAUGCACGAUAUUAUCACACAGCAUCUGUAUUAUCAAAUGGAAAAGUAUUAGUUACUGGUGGAAUUGGUAAUACCGGUUAUUUAAAUAGUGCUGAGUUAUAUGAUCCAUCAGCAGGCACUUGGACAACUACCGGAAGCAUGAAUAAUGCGCGAGGUUACCACACAGCAUCUAUAUUAUUAAAUGGACUAGUAUUAGUUACUGGUGGAUGGAAUGGUAAUUAUUCAAAUAGUGCUGAGCUGUAUGAUCCAUCAACAAGCACUUGGACAACUACUGGUAGCAUGAAUAAUGCGCGGGGUUACCACACAGCAUCUAUAUUAUCAAGUGCACUAGUAUUAGUUACUGGUGGAAUUGGUGUUGGUGAUUCAAAUAGUGCUGAGCUAUAUGAUUCGUCAACAAGUACUUGGACAACUACUGGUAAUAUGAAUAAUGCACGAGAUUCUCACACAGCAUCUGUAUUAUCAAAUGGACUAGUAUUAGUUACUGGUGGAGAUGACAAUAGUGUUGCCUUAAAUAGUGUUGAGCUGUAUGAUCCAUCCACAAGUACUUGGACAACUACUGGUAGCAUGAAUAGUGCACGAGAAAAACACACAGCAUCUGUAUUAUCAAACGGAAAAGUGUUAGUUACUGGUGGAUAUGGUAAUACUGGUUAUUUAAAUAGUGCAGAAUUAUAUUAA